AUGACAGCAGCCGAUGAUUGCUCCAAAGUCAAAGUGGCUGUUAGGGUACGACCCUUCAAUAAAAGAGAAAUCGAUCUCAAAACUAAAAGUGUUGUUCGCAUGAACCAUGGACAGACUAUAUUAGAGCCGUCUUCAGAUGAUAAGCAGCUAAAGACAUUCGCCUUUGAUCACUCAUUUUAUUCACAAGAAUCAGAUGCACCUAAUUAUGCAAGUCAAGAAGAAGUUUUCCAACAUUUGGGAACUGGAGUACUGGAAAAUGCAUUUGAGGGAUAUAAUGCAUGCAUUUUUGCUUACGGACAAACGGGUUCUGGAAAAUCAUAUUCAAUGAUGGGAACAGCUGAUCAACCGGGAAUCAUUCCUCGUUUAUGCAAUGAAGUCUUUAGACAAAUAGAAGUAACUUCAUGUGAAACUCAUCAAUAUAAAGUAGAAGUAUCAUAUAUGGAAAUUUAUAAUGAAAGAGUUCGAGACUUGUUAGAUCCAAAAAAGUCCAAUAAGCAUUUGAAAGUUCGUGAACAUAAAAUUCUUGGUCCCAUGGUCGAUGGUCUUUCAGUUCUCGCCGUUUCAUCAGCUGAACAAAUCGCAUGUCUCAUAGAGGAAGGCAACAAAUCCCGUACUGUUGCGGCUACUAACAUGAAUGCUGAAAGUUCACGUUCACACGCUGUUUUCAACAUAACCAUCACCCAAAUAUUGAAAGAUGACACUAGUGAUUUUACGGGAGAGAAAGUUUCGAAAAUUUCCUUAGUUGAUUUGGCUGGAAGUGAAAGGGCUGGAAAAACUGGAGCUAUUGGUAAACGACUUGAAGAAGGAGGAAACAUCAACAAAUCAUUAACAACACUUGGAAUGGUAAUAUCUGCUUUGGCUGAAAGAUCGAAUGGCAAAAAAGAAAAAUUCAUUCCAUACCGAGAUUCUGUUUUGACAUGGCUGCUGAAGGACAAUUUGGGUGGAAAUUCGAGGACAGUGAUGAUCGCUACUAUCUCACCUGCUGCUGAUAAUUACGAAGAAACGUUAUCCACUUUAAGAUAUGCUGAUCGAGCAAAGAAGAUUGUUAACCACGCUGUUGUUAAUGAGGAUCCUAAUGCCCGUGUCAUUCGUGAGCUUCGAGAAGAAGUAGAAACUCUUCGACUACAGAUAAGCCAAACUUUGAAAGAGCAAACGGAGACAGAAGAGCUACGGGAAAGACUUGCUGAAAGUGAAAGGCUAGUGGCCCAAAUGAACAAGUCAUGGGAGGAACGAUUGAAGGAAACAGACACUCUCAAUAAGGAACGUCAACGUGAUUUGGCAGAUAUAGGAAUAUCAAUUGAGUCUAGCGGAAUUAAAGUGGAAAAAGAUAGAUUCUAUCUGGUUAACUUGAAUGCUGAUCCUUCUCUCAAUGAGCUCUUGGUUUAUUACAUUAAUGGCACUGGAAUAAUUGGCAACUUGGAUGAUUUCGAAACUAGUCAAGAUUCUGGGUUAGGAACAUCAAUGGAUGAUGUUGAUAAGAAAGACUUGGAACGAACCUCAAUCGUUCUUAGAGGAUUGGGUGUGAUGCGUGAACAUGCUAAACUAACGAUAUCUGAAGAAAAUGGAAGACAACGGAUGUAUGUAGAGCCACUCAGUCCAAACGCCAGAAUAUGUGUUAACGGAAGACAAAUCACUGAACGAGUUCUUCUCCGUCACGGUAACCGCCUACUCAUCGGGAUGAACCACUUCUUCAAAGUUAAUUGCCCUAAGGAAUUAGAUCAGAUGGCUCAAUCUGUGAUGGAUGAUGGAGUUCUUUUUGAUUACGAUGAUGCUUGGCAUGAGGUGAACGGCGAUGGCUCAAACCCGAUUUCUUCGGCGGUUGACCAGUAUAUGGAGCAAGUUACUCUCAAACAUCAAGAGGACAAGAAGGCAGCUUUGGAGCAACAAUAUGAAGCAUUCGAAAGAUACAUUCAAAGCUUGACAGCUGGAGGUUUCACACCGUCUACUCCAAUGACACCUGCUUUCGGCUUUGCCGGAACUCCUUUGGCAACUCCUGGAUCAGGACUUCCUCCUUUCCCUUUCCCAACUAAUCCUAAGCAAAGUGUUCGUAGUAAAUUCUUCUACUGGGCUCAAAGAAAAGAAGAAUUGUUCGCGGAGUCGUUGAAAAAGCUUAAAUCCGAAAUAAUCCGAGCCAAUGCUCUUGCUCGAGAGGCAAACAUGAUCAGUAAGGAGUUGGCUAAUAGUAGGAGGCAAACAACCUAUGAUGUUACUUUACAAAUUCCUGCAUCUAAUCUAAGGCCUAGUAGAAUACAAUUCGGGGCCUUUGUUUGUGAACCAGCCAUUGUUGUUCGUCGGGUUGGAAUGAGUGGUAGUCAAGUUUGGUCUGUUUCUCAAUUAGAGAACAAGCUGAUUGAUAUGAGAGAUAUGUUCAACGAUAAACUAAAUGGAGUGGCCAAUGAUGAUAACUCUGCCAUAUGCUCUCCAGAAAGCUCACCGAUGAAAUCAGUGCCAGAUCAAGAAGAUAACAUGAUGAUUGAUCCAUUCUUUGAAAGCCAGGAACAUCAUAAUUUGAUUGGUGUGGCUAAUGUAUUUCUGGAAGUGUUGUUCCAUGACAUGAAGCUUGAUUACCAAGUUCCCAUCAUUUCCCAACAGGGAGAAGUCUCAGGACGGUUGCAUGUUCAAAUCUAUAGGAUCGCUAACCCCGUUGGUGAUCAUAGUCAGGAUUAUCUUCUAGAUACGGAUGACAUUACAAAACCAGAGAACUUGCUGGGCAAAGUGAUAACCUGCCGAGUCCGUAUCAAGCGAGCCUCUGGAUUACCGGAAGCAUUGUCCCACUUUGUGUUCUGUCAGUAUUCUUUCUUCCAUCUGUCUGAAAUGCUUGUUGUUGCUCCGGUGUUUGAUACUUCUCAGCCUGCUGAUGAUCAGACAGCUUCAACAGCAUUCAAGUUCGAGCAUACGAAAGACUUUUCUGUUGUUGUAACAGAAGAGUUCUUGGAAUAUGUUCAUGAAGAUGCUCUUUCCAUAGAAGUAUGGGGUCACAGAAACUGCGAUGCAGUUUACGAGCAAAAGCUGGAUGCGGAGGAGAAGAGUAAAUCUUUACAGGCUCGUUGGUCAGAAGUGUCCAGACGAUUAGAACUUUUUGCUGAGUUCCGUGAGUUAUCGGAUAAUGGACAAUGGGCUCCAGUUGAAGUUCGACAACAAGAAGUUGGAACUGGUGGAGUUCAUCAGCUCAAACAAGGUCAACAGCGGAGACUUCUUGUUGGCUUGAACGUUCCUCCGGUUGGUGGACUACCCUUGGGAAUAGAUUCGAUCACUUCUGUAUCUAUCGGAUGCGUUUGUGUUCGUCAAGCCGAUGUUCACAAGCCUUUAGAUAGUUAUCAAGAAGCUGAUUUGGACAAACUACGGUGUCAAUGGUCAGAUGCUUUGAAAACCAGACAGAAGUAUUUGGAGUUACAGCUGGAUACGUUAUCCUCUAAACCGAUCAAAAGUGAAUUGGAAAAAGAGCGUGAACAUAGUUUGAUGGGUCAAUGGGUAGCAUUGACUGAAGAACGUACCGCUGUGUUUGUUCCUCCACCAAACUCUGAAAUCCCGGGAGCUCCAGUAGACUGGGAACCACCUGAGGGCGUUGAACGUCACGUUCCUGUUCUGUUUCUGGAUUUGAACUCUGAUGACAUGACUGGCGAAUUAACGAGCGAUGAGGCAGCUCCUCAGGCUCCUGGUCUUUAUUCGAUUUUACCGAAACAACAUGUUGGAGGUGCCUUGAUUAUUUUACCAAUUUUAAGUUAUGAUGAAAAUCAGCGUACUGCAACUUGUUCCUGGGAUAGCUCCAUCCAUGAUCAUCCCGCAUUGAACAUACCUACUAAUCCUAACGAAAGAGUCUACGCAGUAGUCAAAGUGAAUGUUCGAUUAACACAUCCUUGUCCGAUGGAAAUCGUUCUGAGAAAACGGGUCUGCCUACAUAUCUAUAAAAAAACGAGUUUAACUGAGCGUAUCUUCAAACGAAUAGUGGGGUCGGAAUCUUUACAUAAGACAUCAGUGUACUAUGACGUUGUUGCUCAUAUACCAAAGUCAUCCCAUGAUAUGGAAGAGAGAUCAUCAUUGGCUUUAAUGGCUGCUCAGCAUACUUCUUCUUGUGAUGAUGAAAACGAGGUGGAACAACGCACUAACAAACAAUUAAGUUAUAUCGAGGCUUACACCAAGUCCAUUCAAGCUGUUGAAUCUAUGUUGAAACUGGAUAGGUUACGGCAAGAAGUGGCAAUAACUAAUAUGCUCAGCAAGAAAGAUAGAUUACAGCGUUUGUCUCACUUGGGUAUACCCUCUCAGGGUUUUCGAAUGAAAAGAGCGGUCAGCUUACCAAAUACUAGUGCUAUUUCACCAAGCUGUCCACCAGUACCUCCUUCGGCUAAUGUCCCUAACAGGAUGGGAACUUCAAUGAUGACUGAGAAUUCGGGCAGGAGGCCGGGCGACACUCCAAUGAGUAUGAGUACAAACUCUUCAUUAGUUCGACCCACUUUUCUUAAUCUGAAACCGUUAUAUAACGGAAAAUUGACUAGUCUGGCAAGCCCACUCAAUGAACGUCUAGGAGGAAUUAUUGAAGAGAACUGUUCGAAAACCAACGAGGCUUAUCCAACCCGCUCUAACACGGUGCCAGAAACUUUGAAUUCAACUAUAGAUCGAGAAUCCGAACAAUAUUUGGAUGAAUGUAAUGGUAACCUAGUUUCAUCAACUCUGACAUCAUCUUCGUCGGCGAUGACUUCAUCCUCAUCAACAGAUGAAGAGAACAGACCUCAGAUUUUCUUACAUAUGAACAACAAUCAGCAAGAUAAGCCCUCCAAGUUAUUGUUAAAACCCGGUCCAUUGGAUCUCAAUAUUUCAUCGUUGUGA